UUAUUGGGACAUGAGAGGAUAGGUUGUGGUUACACUUUUAGCACAAUGGAUAAGUCAAAUUCAGAAGAGUGUCCUCCAACCACAUAGAUAGAACAAUAUAACACAAUAACUAUCAAGUUUCAUUUUCUUUGCAAAAUCCAAGCCAACAAUGGCAUCCCUUCAGACUUCACCUACACUUCACAGAACUCUCUUUCAAAACUCUUUCCCUCAGAAGCAUGGUAGUAGUAGUAGUAGUAGUAGUACUUUUCGUAGAAGAGAAGGCAUUUCCUUCAUUGUCAAAGCUGAACAAGAACUUUCAUCUUCUUCAACAGAUAUAUCAGGAAGGCGCCAAGCGAUUGCCAUUGCAGCUACUGCCCCAUUAGUUUUUCUGUUCAACCAAUCCUCAAUUUCUUUUGCCGCCGAUAAUAAGUCAGGAUUUCAGCCAGUUGUGGAUAGGAAAGAUGGAUAUCAGUUUGUCUACCCUUUUGGAUGGCAGGAAGUAGUGAUUGAAGGUCAAGAUAAGGUGUUCAAAGAUGUUAUCGAACCACUCGAAAACGUCAGCGUAACAAUGAUCCCAACAAGCAAACAGGAUAUUAAAGAAUUUGGGUCCCCUGAACAGGUUGCUGCAACUCUGAUAAAAAAAGUUUUGGCACCUCCAAACCAGAAAACAAAGAUAAUUCAAGCAACUGAGCGUGAGAUUGACGGAAAAGCAUAUUAUCAAUUCGAAUUCGUUGCUCAGGCUCCAAACUACACUCGACAUGCUCUCAGCGCAGUCUCCAUUGGCAAUGGUAAGUUUUACACCUUGACUACAGGAGCAAAUGAGAGAAGAUGGGGAAAGAUGAAAGACAGAUUGAACACCAUAGUAGAAUCCUUCCAACUUUUCAAAGUUUGAUUGCAAUCAAUUAUUUUGUACUACUAAAUAUAAUAAACUCUUCAUCGGCAAGAAUGUUCAUUUUCGAGUUUAUAUCUGUUUUAAUAGCUAUUCAUCAAUGGAGUCUUUGCAGUUAUGGUUGUUACUUCGGAAUUGCUAUUUAGAAGACAUAAUCAUACUGCAUAUAUAACAGUUAAUUGCAUCUAAAUAGCAAUUCUGGUCAAUCUUUAACAUAGAUUCCAUUCAUCAAUGUUAUGGUUGAAUAUAA